UGUCAAGUGACAUUACCACAGACAAAAAUCGCAAAACAAACGUGCUGUGAAAAAGCCUAAAAAGCACCGAAAGGCAAUUUAUUUUGCGAAAAAAAACUUUAUAAAUGAAAAAUGGCGGUGCGGCCACAGCACAUGCACGACGGUGGUAUUGUAGAGCGUCGGUUGCGACCAAUUUACGACUGGUUGGACAAUGGGAAUAAUAAGAAGGCGCUUCAGGAAGCGGAGAAAGUGCUUAAAAAGAGUCCUUCUCUGCAAGCGGCCCGAGCUCUGAAAGCCCUAGCACUUUUUAGGUUAGGAAAGGGUCCAGAGGCGCACGUAGUUCUUGACGCCCUGGCUGAUGAGAAGCCAAGUGACGACACCACGCUGCAGGCGAUGACGAUAUCCUAUAGAGAAUCUCAGCAAUUGCACAAAGUAUGCAUGCUAUACGAGAAUGCGGUGAGGGCGGAACCAACGAGCGAAGAGUUGCAUUCACAUCUAUUCAUGUCUUACGUCCGGGUCGGAGACUAUCGGUCUCAGCAGCGGGCUGCGAUGGCCCUCUACAAGUUUGCUCCUAAGAACCCUUACUAUUUCUGGGCCGUUAUGAGUAUUGUUUUGCAGGCCAAAACAUCAGAAGAUAACACGAAAAAAGGCAUACUACUCGCCCUCGCCCAAAGAAUGGUUGACAACUUCAUAAGUGAGAACAAAAUGGAGGCUGAACAAGAAGCUCGCCUCUACAUCAUGAUUCUAGAACUCCAAGAAAAAUGGGAGGACAUCUUAAAGUUCAUUGAGAGCCCUCUAUACUCUCAGCUAGUCCCAGGAUCUACCGCCCAGGCCUGCAUACCAUACUUAAAGAAACUCGGCCAAUGGAAACGUCUUAACAUGGUGUGCAAAGAGUUACUAUGGGACAACCAAGACCGAUGGGACUACUACGUCCCAUACUUUGACUCCGUCUUUCAGUUAAUGAAGGAGAAUGAAGAAGACUCAGAGAACUCGAUUGACAAUACUGCGGAAAAGUGCCAUGAAUUCAUCUGUCAAUUGGUUGAGAGUAUGACAUCGGGGCGGACAUUGAGAGGUCCUUAUUUAGCUAGAUUGGAGUUGUGGAAAAGGUUGGCUGUUGACGGUGACCCUACUACCCUCAUUGGCAGUGGGUUGGCGUUGUGUGUGCAAUAUCUGAGGGUGUUCGCGAACAAACCUUGUGCAGUACCAGAUUUGAGGCCUUACCUUGGGAUGAUACCUCAGAAGGAGAGAGAGGAGAAUUGUAGAGAGUUUUUGACGUGUCUCGGUUUUGAUGAGAACAGUGAACCUGAAUCGCCGGAUGACAUCCAACGCCACGUCUCCUGUCUAUCCGCAUGGCGGCUGGUGGCGGCGCCCCUGCCGGCGGGCGAAGCCCUAGCGCUGGCGACCACGCUCCGCAGCCACUACGUGCGCUGUCUCAACAAGGGGCUUGUCACUUCAACCGUCACCGAGUUCUGUGCUACAGACUCUUAUGGCAUACUCGCUGCUCAUCAUUAUUAUUAUGCUGGAGUACAGCAGCAGAGUUCAGCUCCUGUCGUAGAGGCACUAUGCCUACUGGAGCUGGUGUUGCACCACUCGCCAGCUAACUUCCAUGCCAAGCUGCUUCUAGUCAAACUAUACCAUCUGUUAGGUAACGCCCUAGCAGCCGACAGCAUAUACCAGCGUUUAGAAGUGAAACACAUACAACUGGUGUCAUUAGGGUGGCUACACUGUGCCCGCUUAGCCCCCGCCUGCGUGGCUAGCCGGGCCCUGCAGCUGCUGGCAGACACCCGCACCUUCCUCAAACACCACGGCAAGGAUAGCGUGGAACACCUUACCUACGCUUACAAGUAUGGCACAUUCGAGAAGCUGGUGGAGCUAGGUCUGUGGGGGGGGCGGCUGCAGGCCUGCGCGUGGGGGGGCGCGGCGGCGCGGGAGCAGGCUCUGCUGGCGCAGCUCGCUGGCCCGCCCACGUUGCUGCAUCAGCCCGCCCGGCUGCCCGCCGUGCCUACUGACAACCGCGACUUAAACGCGAUCGUGAACUUCGAGCCUCCCCAACUUCAGGACGAGAACUUAAAAGCCCGCACUUUCGACCAAGAAGUGUCCUACCUACGUCUCAAAGACGGCUUGGUGUCGGCCAUAGCUCUAUGCAUAGAGUUGGCCGACAGUCGGCCGACGGAAGAGAAGAAGGCCCACUAUGCACUGUUGAAUACGUGCAUAGACAACUUUAGUGCGGCCAUGGAUAAGUGCCGGCAGGUGUAUUGUGAGAAGGAAAGAAUUAGUAUAUCGGCGCCGUUCCCUUCUAGGAUUAUUGCAUUCGUAAACUCGCCGGUACCAUAUCGGGAACUAUACAGCACGGUGCUCCGCCUGGUGGGCUCGCUGGCGCUGUGCCGCGCGGACGACGCGCACGCCGCCAGCGACGCGGCCGCGCGACUGCUGCCCCGCGCGGACGACCAGCUACGCGCGGAGCUGCAACUCGUCGGCGACGCGGUGUGGAACAUGCGGGAACGACUUGAGAGCCUGUCUAAUUAUCUAGAGUUCGUAGGUAUAAUAACGUUCUUGCUGGGCGUCUGCAACGAGCUGUUCUCACCCGCCAACACCAAGAAAUCGAAGAAGAAAACGAGCCAGUCCCCCGAUGAACUCAAAACUUCAGAGCUGCUGAACAAACUCAACGCAGCUGUACAGAACUCCAUCACGUUCAUAGAAAACAUACUAGACGAAUGGCCUAAGUACAAUUUCCCUAACGAACUGCACGAAACUUUCAGCAAAUUAAUCCUAGACGAAAAAUACCAAAGCCCUGUAGAAAAUAAACUCAAAAACGGACGCGACGACAUGCUCAACGAUGUUAGAAAUAUUCUCAAAAGAAAAUCUAAGUACCUUAAGAGUCUGCUACAAUGAUGCCUUGAGCUUAGUGCUUGUACGAAAUAAUUAAGUAUUGUUUUUUUAUAAUAAAUAUACAUAUCUUGUAAAUA